AUGGCUACUGAAAUCACCAAGCCCACUUCCACCUGCUGCGGCAAGGCUUCCGGCGGCGAGUGCGUCUGUGCCAAGCAAGCCACUUGCUCCUGUGGCAAGCAGCCUGCCCUGUCCUGCAACUGCAGCAAGGCUCCCGCUGAGAACACCGUGACUGGCGCACGUUGUUCGUGUCGUGCCCGCCCCGCCGGCGAGUGCAACUGCGACAACUCUGCCAAGGAGAACUCGGCCGUCAAGGGCGAGUCUUGCGCUUGCGGCGCCCGACCUGUCGAUGCUUGCACCUGCGAAAAGUCCAGCGGAGAUGCCGGCCACAAUGACAACGAGAUUGACUUUACCACCAAGAAAUAA